CUGGCAAAUACCCCGACCCCCCAUCCCCUCUAAUUCCUUCCCACUAGAACCCAAACCGAAACGCCCAAACCCCUGUGCUCUCCAGGCCACAGCAAUGGCCUCCCCCUCCGGUUCCGGCAACGAGCGGUCGUGGCCUCCGACUGAGGCGCGCCGCAUCGUGGUCACCCACCGCCUCCCCCUCCGCGCGGAGCCCAACCCCGACGCGCCGCACGGCUUCGAUUUCUCCAUCGACCCCGACGCGCUCCCGCUCCAGCUGUCCCGCGGCCUCCCCUCCCCCGUGGUCUUCGUCGGCACGCUCCCCUCUGCCGCCGCGUCGAUCCCCGCGUCCGAGGAUAUCGCGGCCGACCUCCUCGCGCGCUUCUCCUGCAGCCCGGUGUUCAUCGCCGCCGGCCUCCACAAAGACUUCUACGACGGGUUCUGCAAGCACUACCUGUGGCCGAUGGUCCACUACCUCCUCCCGCUCACGCCCUCCUCCCGCCGCGGCGGCCUCAGCUUCAGCGCAGAGCUCUACCGCGCCUACCUCACCGCCAACACGCAGUUCGCUGACCGCAUAUUCGAGCUCCUCAGCCCCGACGAGGACCUGGUCUUCAUCCACGACUACCAUCUCUGGGCGCUCCCCACCAUCCUCCGUCACAAGUCGCCGCGCGCCCGCAUAGGCUUCUUCCUCCACUCGCCCUUCCCCACCUCGGAGCUCUUCCGCGCCAUCCCCGUCCGCGAGGACCUCCUCCGCGCCCUCCUCAACGCCGACGUCGUGGGCUUCCACACCUACGACUACGCCCGUCACUUCCUCUCCUCCUGUUCCAGGCUCCUCGGCCUCUCCAACCACUCCCGCCGCGGCUACAUCGGCAUCGACUACUUCGGCCGAAAGGUUGUCGUGAAGAUCCUCUCCGUGGGCGUCGACAUGGGCCAACUCCGCGGAGUCUUGUCGUCGCCGGAGACAGCCGCGAAGGCCAAGGAGAUCGCUACGAAGUACGCGGGCCGUCAGCUGUUGCUCGGCGUGGACGAUGUUGAUAUGUUUAAAGGGGUUGGUCUCAAGCUCUCGGCUAUGGAGAAACUACUGGAGUCGCGGACGGAGCUGCGCGGCCAGGUGGUGCUCGUGCAGAUCAACAACCCGGCGCGGAGCCUUGGCGGCGACAUCGAUACGGUCCGCGCGGAGGUGCUGGCUACGCGGGACCGGAUCAACACCCGCUUCGGCUUGCCGGGGUAUGACCCGAUUGUGAUGAUCGAUGACCCCUUGCCGAUGCACGAGAAGUUGGCGUUCUACACUUCGGCGGACAUCUGCAUCGUCACCGCCGUGCGCGACGGUCUGAACAGGACACCGUACAUCUACACAGUGUGCCGGCAGGAGGGUCCGAUUGCCAGCGGCGUGUUGGGGGUGCCGAGGGAGAGCGCUAUCGUCGUGUCCGAGUUCGUCGGGUGCUCGCCGUCGCUGAGCGGCGCGAUUCGGGUCAACCCGUGGAAUUUGGACGACGUGGCCGAGGCGAUGGGCUCGGCGGUGAGGAUGAACGAUAAAGAGAGGCAGAUGCGGCAAGAGAAGCACUACAGAUACGUGAUCACGCACGACGUUGCCUACUGGGCGCGGUCGCUCGAUGAGGACUUGCAGAGGGCGUGCAGGGACCACACGUCGAUGAAUAUGUUGAGCGUUGGGCUCUCCAUGAGCUUCCGCAACGUCGUACUUGGGCCCAACUUCCAGAAGCUCUCACCUGGGCACAUCAAUCCAGCGUACCUCCGGACUGGCGAGAGGCUCAUUUUAUUGGACUACGAUGGCACAAUGAUUCCGCAGGGGCUGAUCACCAGAGCGCCCAGCCAGGAAGUGAUUCGCAUUCUGAACGAAUUGUGCUCAGACCCAAAGAAUACCAUCUUUGUUGUCAGCGGCCGGAAGAAGGAUGAACUGGCUGAUUGGUUUGCGCCAUGUGAAAGGCUGGGGAUCUCUGCAGAGCAUGGCUACUUCACAAGGUGGGGCAGGGAUUCUCCGUGGGAGUCAUCAAAGUUGGCGGUAGACUUUGAUUGGAAAAAUAUUGCAGAGCCCGUAAUGGAGCAUUACGCUGAUGCAACCGACGGCUCAUACAUCGAGGUUAAAGAAACAGCACUAGUCUGGCACUACGAGGAAGCUGAUCCAGAUUUUGGAUCAUGUCAGGCCAAAGAGCUCCAGGACCACCUGCGGAAUGUGCUUGCCAAGGAGCCAGUGUCUGUGAAAAGCGGCCAUCAGAUUGUGGAAGUUAAUCCUCAGGGGGUGGGCAAAGGAGUCUCAGUGCAGAAUCUUAUUGCAACUAUGGGGGCACGUGGAAGCAUGCCAGAUUUCAUCCUAUGCGUCGGUGAUGACCGGUCUGAUGAGGACAUGUUUGCGGCUAUCACGAUUCCCACCAGCGGUUCUGUAUUUCCAGAGUCUGCUGAGAUCUUUGCUUGCACUGUUGGCAACAAGCCAAGCUUGGCGAAGUACUACCUGGAUGACCCCUCCGAUGUUCUGAAGAUGCUUCAGGGCCUGGUAGACUCGCCGACCGAGCAUCCAGUAGCUUCGCAACAUCAGGUCUUCGAAGACUCGCUGGAGUAAAAGCAAGAGUGGUCCAGAUUUUGAAAGAGCAGUUCAUUUUGUCAUCAUUACUUUUCUUGUAAGUAGGGGAAAGAAAUGGUUGGGAGGAAAGGGGCAAAGGCAAAGAUCAGUUAACUGAAAGAGAAAUGGAUCGAUCGAUAGGUUAAAUGACAGCUUCCUGGUUCAUGUUGUUAGGGCUUAUGGGCUAUAUGGUCUACUCUCUAUUCCUCUGUCUUAUUCCUGGUAUAGUGAGGUUAGAGAGUAAGGAUUUAUUUAUAGACUCUACUUCUCGGUGUUAGAAGUAUUUAACCUAUUUUAAAGAAGUAUUCAACCUAUUUCAAAAAACCAUGAGACUUUUGAACUAUGUCACUAAACAGAUCAUAUAUGCUAGUUAUGGAGUCUAAAAUAUACUAAUCACUAGCACAUGUGUUAUGUGCUAUGAUUAGAUUGUAUAC